CGAACUGCACCCGUCUUCUCUUUUCGAGCCUCACGGUUAUGGUGGUCGUAGACGAGAUGGACGGCCUUGACACAAUGGUCAUCUUGCCAGCUCUCGUGACACUUCAGAGCGGAGGGACGCGUCUAGAGGCCCCAGGAGCUCCACAAAAUCCGAGACGUUGUGGACCGUCUUCUACCAUGGUGAUCCCAGCCACCAGUAUGGCUUUAGUGCUCAAUCGACCACUAUCGAUGGUCGAUUCUAAACCUAUCUCACUCUUCCAGCAGGUGAGGCUAACUUCAGUCGAAGAGGCCUGACCUGCGGUUGUCAUAACAGUGAAGUGUUUGUUCUUGUAUCAUUGCAGUUGGGUGAGUGACACAAGCUCUUUCUC